AUGAGAAUCACCUCGACUUUCCAGCUACUUCUCGCAAGUGCUGCCCUAGCAGCACCAAAUACCGAAAAAGCGCUAGCUGUCUCUCGCAAUCACGCUGUUUCGCCGAAGAAUCCUUUUAGGCCCCUGCCGGACACGAGACAACGUACCAAAGUAUGCCAUGUCGACUCUCAUGGUGACGGCUCCGACGACUCCGAGUACAUCCUAGAUGCCAUAAAGAAAUGCAAUAAUGAUGGUAGAGUUGUUUUUGACAAGAACUACACUAUCGGCACAGCGCUAAAUUUGCAGUUUCUCAAGCACAUCGACCUGGAUAUCACUGGUUAUGUGCAAUUCACCAACGACACCGACUACUGGCAAGCAAACGCCUUUAAGCAAAUCUAUCAAAAUGCCACGACUUUCUUCCAACUUGGUGGCGAAGACGUGAAUGUCUACGGCGGCGGCACCCUCGACGGGAACGGACAGGUCUGGUACGACCUAUAUGCUGAAGACGCCCUCAUUCUACGUCCAAUCCUCGUCGGUAUCAUCGGGUUGAGCGGGGGCUCUAUCGGCCCAUUGAACUUGAGAUAUUCGCCACAGUGGUACCAUUUUGUCGCCAAUUCGUCCGACGUUCUUUUCGACGGAUUGGAUAUUUCCGGCUUCAGCACGAGUGACAACGAAGCUAAGAAUACUGAUGGAUGGGACAUAUAUCGCUCCGAGAAUAUCGUGGUUCAGAACUCUGUUAUCAACAAUGGCGAUGAUUGCGUUUCUUUCAAACCAAACAGUACCAAUAUCCUCGUCCAAAACUUACAUUGCAACGGUUCGCACGGUAUUUCUGUUGGGUCCCUAGGCCAAUACAAAGGCGAGGUGGAUAUUGUCGAGAACGUCUUGGUCUACAACAUCUCCAUGUUCAAUGCAUCGGACGGCGCACGCAUCAAGGUCUGGCCUGGCCUUUCCUCUGAACUAUCAACUGAUCUUCAAGGUGGUGGCGGUUCUGGCAAUGUUCAGAACAUCACUUACGACACCAUGUUUGUCGACAAUGUCGACUGGGCGAUUGAGUUGACGCAGUGUUAUGGGCAAAGCAACCAGACGCUAUGCACUGAGUACCCCAGCAAUCUAACCAUUUCAGAUAUCUGGUUCAAGGAUUUUACGGGUGUGACGAGCACAAGUAAGGAGCCAGAUGUGGCGACUCUAAUCUGUUCUAGCCCUAAUGUUUGUUCAAAUAUCUAUGCAAACAACAUCAAUGUCACAAGCCCUACCGGAACAAAUGAAGUUAUUUGUCAAAAUAUGGCAAAAGCUGGGGCCGUUGAGAUCUGGGUUUCACAAUUUCCGAACAGUCUUGAGUUGAGAUCAAAAACCUGGUGUACUGGGUAUUUGAAGCUUCCCAGUGUUUUUUCAACGCCUGGAGUAUUUGCAGUCACCAUGGAGAUGAACUAUGAUGAGUCGACUCUUCAGCACCUCGAGGAGGAGCUGGAUGUCAAAAUAUACCCUGGUACAGAGAUUAUGACCGAUGUAGGGACGCAUCAUUUCGUGAGGUCAUCUGGCGCGUCUUCCGACGUCUUGGUACCGCAACCAUCCAAUGAUCCCCACGAUCCAUUGAACUGGAAUCCGUAUUGGAAACUUGGCGUCAUAUCUCUGAUCACCGCAUCCAACUUCGUCAUGGGAAUGGGUCCUCUCGCCGUGGCUCCAAUGUUUGGGGAUCUCAUGGCAGAAUUCAAAACUGACUUGGCUUCUGUUGUCCAAUUUACCGGUGUCUGCAUUCUGGUUCUUGGAUUUAGCAACUUUUUCUGGGUUCCCGUGUCCGAGACCUUUGGUAGACGCCCAGUCCUCAUAUUCUCGUCUAUUGUUUGUUUAGGGUCCAAUAUCUGGCGGGCAAAGGCAACCACAUAUGGGAGUUUUAUGGGAGCGUGCGUCUUGAACGGCUUUGGUGCUGGGCCCUGUGAGACACUUCAACCUCAAGUCAUUACGGACACUUUCUUCCUUCAUGAACGGGGCUUCUACAACACCUUGUAUUUUACUUUUUAUUUCGGAUCUUUGAUGGUUGGUCCCAUCCUGUCUGGUUCCAUGGCUCUCCAUGUUGGCUGGCGGAGCUUCUGGUGGCUCAAUGUGGCUGCAUUCGCUUUCAUUAUUGUCAUAUCAGUUUUCCUGUUCCCGGAGACAAAGUGGCACCGGCUCCAUCCUCGAGAGAUUCAUCGGGCUACUUCUCAAGAGCGCCAACAAGUCAACAAGGAUGAAAAGGGCUCUGCCUCUCAAGAGGAAGAAGUCUGCGAUCCUUUCUUGCACAAGGGUCAUCCAUCAAAAAGCCAAUUCAACAUAUAUCAACCAUGCCAAAACUGGGUAAAAACAAUGCUUUUAUCUUUCUGGACACCCUGGAGAUUGCUUUUGUACCCCAUUGUCGAAUACGCUGCUUUUGUCGUCUCGUGGUCGGCCAGUUGCUUUUUGACGGCCAAUCUGACCCAGAGCCAGGCGUUUGCCGCUCCUCCCUACAACUGGUCUAGUCAGUCGGUGGGAUUCACAAAUUUUGCAACGCUGGCCGGUGCUCUUAUCGGCUUGUUCACCAAUGGACCGUUGUCGGACUGGAUCUCGAUGCGCGCGACGAAACGCAACCGCGGUAUUCGAGAGCCUGAAAUGAGAUUGCCGACUUUGAUACCCUACGUACUGAUUUCCAUUUUGGGGAAUUUCAUCAUUGCAUUUGGCUAUGAAUACCGUUGGGACUGGAGGGCCAUCGUAAUCGUCGGAUACACCUGCGCCGGUAUACAAGUCGCCGCCCUGCCCGCGAUUGCGAGUACAUAUGCAGUCGACAGCUACAAACCCGUGGUUGGAUCAGUAUUUAUCGCGAUCACGGUUAAUAAAAAUUUAUGGGGUUAUGGGUUUAGUAAGUUUAUCACCACAUGGACAGAGGAGUCGGGGUAUAUACCGGCGAUUAUGUUGAACAUGUGUUUGGCGACGCUUUGGUUCUCGUUUGGAAUUGUUUUUUACUUUUAUGGGAAGCGGUUUAGGAAGUGGACGGCCAAGUCGGAUUUGCAUGAUGCAAAUUGA